AUGAACAAUUCUUAUCCUAAAAUCGAAAUCGCAUUCUACGCUAUCCAGUAUUUUCACAAUUUGACAGGCUACAAUAGCCCAUGCGACCACACUUUACCAAAAAAUAUGCUCGAAGCCGCUAAACGCCUACUACAACAUCAAACUCGCAAGAAAGACAUAAUUACGGUUGAACAUUUGCACGCAUUACAUAAACAACUUGUUAAAAGCGAAGCUGUUAACCUUUACAAAGUUAGAACUUUUAAUAUCUUUUUCUUGGGAUUCUGUGGCUUUCUUAGGUUUUCGGAAAUUAGUAAUCUGAAAAGAUGUGACGUCAAUUACAAAAAUAGCUUUAUGAAACUGUUCAUAGCGAAAAGCAAAACAGAUAUCUACAGAGAAGGACACUGGGUUUACAUCAGCGCUUGCGGAAAUGGGAUCUGCCCAGUAUAUAAUUUAACUGAGUAUAUGAAAUAUGUACCUGCUGAGCCUGAUUCCUAUCUGUUUAGAGCGGUCACAGUUACAUCAAACAACAAAUUCGGAAGUUUUAAAAAGAUGAAUCGCCAAAUCAGGUACACAACAACGAGAGAAAAUGCACUCGAUGCACUGCCAUCAAUCGGAUUGGAUAGGAGAAGAUUUGGACUCCACAGCCUACGUGCUGGAGGAGCAACAGCAGCGGCAAAUGCAGACGUCCCAGACCGUCUUUUUAAACGACAUGGUAGAUGGCGUUCGGAGACAGCCAAAGAUGGUUAUGUGGAGGACGACGCAGAGCAUUUACUAUCUGUUACAAGGAAUCUAGGCCUUUGA